AGCUCCAUCAAAGCAUCCCCCUGAGCUCGUGUCCUGCCCUGCUGCCCAGCCCAGACACAGCUUAGCCAGUGACAGAGCUGGAAGGUCUCUCCAGCAUCCCCAGACCCCGUGGCCUGUCCCACUGUCACUGUCACCCAUCCCACAACCACACAUCCCACGUACUGCACUGCCAGCACUGCGGGGCCAUUGCCGCAUCCACAGAGCAGGGAGGUGUCCCCUCAACCCAGGGGAGGGGCUCACUGUGUCCUGAGUACCCCCAGCCUGUCCCUGUCACCCCCCUGGGGCUGGUGGGGCUGGGGGUGAUGUCAGGGCUCUGAGUGAUGUCAGGCCUGCGUGCACGUCAGGCACUUCCACGUCGUGAUUGUGCUAAAGUCCAAGCCCUUGCUGUGUCACAGCCCGCGUGGAAGCUGCAGGAGGGCUCAGGCUGCAUAAAUAGCGCUGGGAGCUGCCGGCUCCGCAGGUACCGCAGCAGUGACAGCACAGGAGUUGCCAGCACUCAGGAUGGCGCCCAAGGCGGCCGCCCUCGUCCUGGUUCUCCUUGCGAUCUCAGGGUCACGGGCUGAUGUGAACCCCGACGACGUGGCCAAUGUGAUCUGGAAGUACUUCACGGAGCUGGGCAGCAACGCCAAGGACACGGUGGGCCAGCUGCAGCAGACCGAGAUCAGCAAGCAGCUCAACACCCUGCUGAAGAGCAACCUGCAGACUGUCAGCGCCUACGCCGAGGACCUGCAGGAGCGGCUGGUGCCCUUUGCCACCGAGCUGCAGGCGCGGCUGGCGCAGGACUCGCAGCGCAUGAAGGAGCAGAUCCAGCGGGAGCUGCGGGAGCUGCAGGCCAAGCUGGCGCCCUACGCCGACGAGGUGCACCAGCAGAUCGGCACCAACAUCCGCGAGCUGCAGGCCAAGCUGAGCCCCUACGCCGAGGAGCUGCGCUCGCAGGUGGACCGCAGCGCCGGGGAGCUGCAGCGGGCGCUGGAGCCCUACGCGGCCGAGCUGCGGGAGCGCCUGCAGGACAACACCGACAGCAUCAAGGCCUCCCUCAGCCCCUACGCGGACCGGCUGCAGCAGCAGAUCGACGGCGGCGUGGAGAGCCUGAAGGAGCGGCUGUCGCCCAUGGCGGAUGAGCUGAAGGCGCAGGUGGAGCAGAGCGUGGCCGAGCUGCGGCGCGGGCUCAGCCCCUACGCCCAGGAGGUGCAGGACGGCCUCAACCGGCAGCUGGAGAGCCUGACCCUGCAGAUGGAGCGGGCGGCCGAGGAGCUGCGCGGCCGCCUGGCCACCAGCUCCGAGGAGCUGCGCGCCCAGCUGAGCCCGCUGGCACGGGAGCUGCGGGAGGCGGCGAGCGGGGACGCCGAGAGCCUGCGGCAGCGCCUGGCUCCCCUGGCCCAGCAGCUGGAGCAGCGCGUGGGGCAGACCCUGGAGAGCUUCCGGCAGCAGGCUGCUCCCUUCGGAGAGACCUUCGGCAAGCAGCUGGUGCAGCGGCUGGAGGAGAUGCGCGGCAAGCUGGAGACGGGCGCUGCCGGCGUGGAGGAUCACCUGGAGCUGCUGGAGAAGGAGGUGCGGGAGAAGGUGGCUGCUUUCCUCAGCACCGUCCCACCCCCACAGAAUUAAACCGGCCAUUCCAAAACAUUCCAAACAUUCCUGGCCACUUCCAGUGGUAGAAAUAAAUCUCCUUGUGAUGCACGUGCUGGUCCGUGUCCUUCCUUCUCACAGCAUCCUGCUGUUCUACCCUGGGAUGGGAUACCUGGGGCACCCUCAGCUGCUCUGAGGGGGGAGCAUCACCCCGAAUUUGGGUCCUGGGGCACCAGGGAGAGGGAGCAGAGGUGGGGUCAGAUGGGUGGGAGGUCUCUGUGACGGCUGGAGAUGGUGGCAGCCAGGUGAGCCCAGGCAGCAGCACAAGCCCGGGGCCUCCUGUCCCCUCAUCACAGCUGGGAGCUGCGGAGGAGC